AUGUCCAAGCCGUUUCGGCCGAUAAGUGAUGUCAUCAACACGACGUCACCCAGACAUAAACAACAGACGUUCAGCGAGAUUUAUGGAGAGCCAGAGAAUUUCCUUGAGAUAGAAGUCCGCAAUCCACAGACACAUGGAUAUGGAAGAGAUUUGUAUACCGAUUACGAAAUCGUGUGUAGAACGAACAUCCCAGCAUUCAAGAAGAGAAAUAGUCGAGUACGCAGACGAUACUCGGACUUCGUGACAUUCAGAAAAAUAUUGGAACAAGAAACGACGCGGGUGAUAAUACCACCGUUGCCAGGCAAGAUCUUGCUUAACUCCAACAAGUUCAACGAUCUAAACAUCGAAAAGAGAAGACAAGGGUUGGAGAAAUUUCUAACGGUAGUAAGCGGUCAUCCGCUCUUGCAGACGGGAUCGAAGACGUUGAUCGAAUUCAUCCAGAACGACAAGUGGGACGCCAGAAGCAUGUAUUACUGA